AAAAAAAGGUAAAGGACCUGCAUUGUCAUUUGCCACUUGAAGGAAAAUAGUUCCAAGUUCAAACUUGAAACGGCAAUGAUCAAUUGAAAAAUCCAACAAGCAGAAAGCGAAAGUGUCAUCAUCGUCAUCACUCACCUUUCGAUUAGGGUAGUUACUGAAGUUGAAGAGAAAAAGAUGGCAGAACUGAGCCUUGGCAUACUUAUAGAUAUUGUUGACGAGGAAUGGAUGAGAGAUACUCUGCCUGAUGAUGAUCUUCAACUCCCACCUGUAAUGGUUGCUCGCACUGAUGAUACUGAAGACUCAAAUCACGAGACUCAACAGGUGGAUAGCAAUACCUGGCAUGAUCUUGAAUUAAGUACUCAAUGAAGGUCUUGGAUGCUGGCAAUGCUUGGUAACUCUGUAUGAAAAUGUUUGUCCUAAGACUUAAAUGGCUCUCUCUUUCUCUUUUAAUACGUAGAACUAAGAUACCAAUGGAUCAUUCAAGAAGGUUUGCUCCUUAAUUCGAAUGGAGGAUUUUCAUCCUUGGU